AUGCAAGUUGACCCGCAGGAGGAAACUCCCCCGAGUGCUUGCCUCGAACCAGAUACUUCUGCUAGACAGCAGAGAAGCAGCCCUCUUUCUCCGGACAGAGAGUCUAUCUCGAUCAGCACAUUGGAUACAAACGACUAUCAAAUUUUACAACAGAGUGGUGGAGCCCGAAAUGAUGAAAGCACGGAGCCCUCACCUAUAGAAGCUCCAGCCGCCGAAUGUGGCAGUCAUGUAGAACCGAAAGCUCCGUGUAUGAGACCAGAAGCUACAGAGACGGGUCCUCAGCAUUGUGAUGAACAAGAUGGUGCUACAGACGCGUUGGUGAGCAUGAAUCCUGAGAGAAAACGCCAGAAAUUGAUUCGAAAACUCAAACGUUUAUCCACACGGACCUGGGCAUGGGAGUUUUUCUGUUGGUUAGUAUCUUUUGCAUCGAUGAUGGCUGUCAUCAUCGUUCUUCGGGAGUAUAACGGCAAAGCGUUGCCUCAGUGGCCCUUGGGGAUCACUAUCAACGCAGCUAUCUCGGUGUUCGGAACGAUCUCGCAGAUGGCGAUGCUUGUCCCUGUCACAGCAAGUGUCAGCCAGCUCAAAUGGAUGUGGUUCGCUAAAAAACCGCAUCGCCUAAGCGAUUUUAAUGCCUAUGACGAAGCCAGUCGAGGAGUGGAGGGCAGCUUCAAACUACUUUUCCACUUCCAUUUCUUUAGGCAUUUGGUCAUAGUAGGAGCUCUCAUUAUAAUCUCCGGGAAUAUAGCCUUUGGCCCAAUGACUCAACAGGUCGUGACUUAUCCCCUGAGAAUGGUUCCCUCCUCGGAAACUGCGACUGUCCGACGGGUCCAAAAUUAUACCGUCGUCUCCAGUCCUGCACAUACAGGUGAGCACAAAUCUAGUGACAUAAGACACCGAAUAGGAAAACCUGGUCAUAGAAGAAGUUUGUGGUACUGGUCGUUAAUUAUAACUCUUCCGUCAGAUGAGAACAGUGGACUUGCGGAUCCAACCAUGAAAUCAGCCAUAUAUACUGGCCUUUUUCUAAACGAAAAUGCAACUAUUUCCGCCAUUAUGCCCACAUGCCCAACUGGCAACUGCACAUGGCCCACUUACUAUACACUUGGUGCCUGUGCUGGUGUUGCAGACCUAACAAGCCAACUCAAAUCGACAUGUCCCGACAAAAUUGGGUCAAUUGAUACCUGCGAGUACACUCUGCCCAACGAUGUGACGCUGGCGAAAGACAAGAAUAUGAUCAUAACUAACGGGAAGGCGAUGACGUUUACAGGCCUCAAUGAACCAGUUGCCCACUUUUUCAUGGUCUAUAAGGAUCUUAAUGCUACCUAUGGCUCUGGAGGUGGGAACAACUAUUAUGAUUGGGAUUUCUAUAUUGGGGCAAAUGCACUGGAGUGUGCUAUUCGGUUUUGCGUACUGUCAGUUAACACAACAGUAACUCAAGGCCAACCCCACACAGAACUGACCGAAGUACGGACUAACGCCUCGCAUCGUAACCCUUUCACGCUGAGUAAAGUCUGGUUCGAGCUGUGGCUCGAACCCGAAGACCAGGAUAUGGCAUAUAUCAUCCCUCAAGGAAGUCGUGAAGCUAUCACGACAUGGACGUACGAUGUUUUUAAUGGCACGUCAACUCAGGGAAGCAGGGCUCGAAACCUCUACACCUCCGACGUAGCACAGGUCUUUGCUGCCGCAAUGCAGAUGCGACCGCGGUCAGAACGCAAAGCUGCCGUGUCAAACAUAAUGCGGAACAUCGCUUCAAGUAUGACCAACAACAUUCGCACCUACGGCGACGGUGAUUUCGCAAUGGGGAGUUCGUUAUCUGCGGAAGUAUUCGUCUCGGUUCAGUGGGAAUGGCUAACUCUUCCACUCGCUCUCAUCGGGCUCAGCCUCAUCGUGUUGGUUUCCACACUUGCAAAGGCGAGGCACCUUGGCGCUAAAGUGUGGAAGUCAUCGAGUUUGGCUAUUCUCCUUGGAUUUAACGUCGAUACGCGGAAGCGCAUGCCAGAUUUGGAUCAUAAGGAUAUCCUGGAUAAUUCAACAGAGGGAGUGGUGGUUUCGUUGGAGGAUUCAGGUGAUCAUACAUGGAGCAUUGUUCGAUGUUAA